AAUGUCAAAACAAGAAUCCACGUGCCAAUGUUUAUUUCAGAAAAAAAUACAUCCUGUUAAAAUAGUAACGCAUUUUGACAAUGUUUUUGAAGAGAGGACGCCUGUGAUUUUGAGAGGACAGUACAUUGGAGAUGUCACAGAGAAGUGGAGCUCAGUGGAGUACCUGGCAGAAAAGGGUGGCGCCAAACCUGUCAAAAUCCAUGUGUCACCAAUCCCACAGAUGGAUUUCAUUAACAAAAACUUUGCCUACAAAUCCCUGCCAUUUAAUGAAUUUGUAAGGCGAGCAGCAGAGGACACCCACAAAGAAUUCUUCAUCUCAGAGACAGAGAAGUACUACCUGCGUGCCCUAGGUGACGACGUUAGAAAGGAGGUAGCUGAUAUCAGUGUACAGUUUCCAGAGCUCGCCCAGGAUCUAGUCAUUCCGGAUCUGUUCCCAAGGGACAGGUUCUUCUCCAGUGUAUUCCGGAUAGCAUCCAGAGGACUCCAGCUGUGGACUCAUUAUGAUGUGAUGGACAACAUACUGAUUCAGAUCAGUGGUAGGAAGAAGGUGGUGUUGUUUGACCCGGCUGAUGCUCACAAUCUGUACCUUAAUGGUGACAAAUCUGAGGUAUUGGACAUAGAUCAUCCUGACUCAGAGAAGUACCCCAAAUUCUACUCCGCCAUCAGGUACGAGGGGCAGCUAGAACCAGGGGACAUCCUAUUUAUUCCAGCUUUGUGGUUCCACAACGUUGUGUCUCUAGACUUUGGUGUGGCAGUAAAUGUGUUUUGGAAACAUCUUGAGGAUAAAAUGUACGAUAAUAAGGACAUAUACGGUAACAAGGACCUUCAGCCUGCUGUGAGAGCCAUGCAGAUCGCUGACCGAGCCAUCAAAGCUCUCGAGGAGUUACCUCCAGUGUAUAGGGACUUCUACGCUAGAAGACUUGUCAGCAAGAUAGAGAACAAGUGUUAUAUUAAAUCUGAUGUCACAUAAAGAUGUGGCGGUUAUUGUACAAAUAUUUAUUAAAGUUAAAAUGGCCUGCA